ACACACACUAACUCACUCCCUCCUUUCCAGUCCCACCCACUCCUUAAAAGUUUCGCUACUGGAUAAGAGCACAUUUCUCGACGCUGCAAACCAAAACUUACAGUUCUGUCUCAUUUAUCGGUCAGUUUGAUAUUCAAAAACCAGGAUGUCCAGUACUGUCAUACCCAUGAACUCUUCAACACUCGUCAUUCAGUUUCAACCACCAACUCAAACAAAUCCUGCUACGACAACGACAAAUGCUCCUGUGCCUGUUUAUGUACAACAGGUGGCAGGAGUUUCACCUCUUCAUGGACUUCAGGCAUUUCUGAAAGGCCAACCGAAAGCCCUUGGGACGGUCCAGAUAAUGAUCGGUGUGCUGACUCUCCUGUUUGGCAUUGUGUCUACAGCUUGUGCAGAGCUUCUCUUUGUCUAUAGUGGUAUUUCUUACUGGGGAUCUCUCAUUUAUAUUACGGCAGGCGCACUCUCCGUUGCUGCAGAAAAAAAAAUUCAUUCACCCUCCAAUUUGUGUCUGGUGAACGCUUCACUCGGAAUGAACAUUUUCAGCACUAUAACCGCAGGCAUCGCCAUUAUUUUACUUUCAGUGGAUUUGGUUAUAGGGCCAGACCGUUACUUCAGCUAUUAUGACCAUCCUGACCGUCCUGAAUUAAAGGAAGCGUAUGAGGAAUGUCUUCAACUUUUAUAUUCACUAGGGAUGCACCGAAAUUGCACGUUCGGUUUUUGGCCAAAGAGAAAAAUGGCCGAAAAUAUGAGCUGAAAUAUUUACGUUUGUUUGGUAAUUACUGCUAAGAACGCUUUCAGUUUCACAACAGAUCUAAGAUAAAAAAAGCUAUUUUCCACUACUGAGUUUGUCAAAUUUAUGUCAAAAAUCACUCCCAAAUGUUUGGCAUGUGUAUGAGAAUUCACAGAUGGACCCAAAGGAUGGUCCACAAAGGACCCAAAUGGUUAUUUAUUUGUAUAAUGGAAGUCCAAAAUCUAUAAUUUCAGUUUUGGAGUCAUUUUUACUAAAUACACGCAGUGAAACAUUAGCAAUAAAAAGGACAGUUAUUUAUUUAAAUGAAUCA